UCAAAAUGGAGAGCGGGGCGAGAAAGAGAGAGAAAGAGAGAGAGAGAGAGAGGCACUGUAAACUAGUGGCGGCAUUCUCAUCACCUGGAAAUUAAGAGCUGUGACGAAAUUAAAAAUGUCUGGACUGACCAAUCAGGAGGAGGACAAGAAGCCAGCCGAUCAAUCAGCUCAUAUCAACCUCAAGGUCAAGGGCCAGGAUGGUAAUGAAGUAUUCUUCAGGAUUAAGAGAAGCACUCAACUGAAGAAGCUCAUGAAUGCUUAUUGUGAUCGUCAGUCAGUGGAGCUCAAUUCUAUUGCAUUUCUCUUCGAUGGUCGUCGGCUUCGUGGGGAGCAGACUCCAGAUGAGUUGGAAAUGGAGGAUGGGGACGAGAUAGAUGCAAUGCUGCACCAAACAGGCGGUUCUAUUGCUUAAUGUAUUAGUUUGUAGAGUGUUAAUUUAAUGGUGAGAAGAGUGGAGUAGGUUGUUCACCAGUCGCCCAUGUCCAUUGUUUCUGCACCUUAUUUACCAAAUAUCAUUGUGAUAUUUUGUGGAGCUUAGCAUUUUCUCUAAAUUUACAAUUUUAAUGAAAGCUUGUUUGCUUCUUGAGGCCUUUCAA